CAUAAGCAAAGGUGUAGUAUCAGUGAAUGACCUCGGGUCUGACCUUUCCAUAGCAAGAGUAUCGAACGUAAAAAUGUACAUAAAUUAAAUGCCGAGUAGUAGGGAUAAGGAAACAACAGCAGAAAAAGAUAUGGUAUGAACAUGUCCUAGCUGAGAUUGACUCGAAUAGACAAGGUCAAACCAUCAGACUGAGCCUCGCUGUACAUGAAUUACGUAGUCGCCAUUGACAAUGAGAUGAUAUAGUUUAACAAACAUGGAUUCCUCCUGAAGAUUUGUUUAAGGCGUGGAGUAAUACUACAUUUACAAUCUGACUGUCUGUACAUGUACUAUCGAGACGAGGAAGUAAAUUCGGGCGAUAAAAACGCGGGAGGACCAGUCAGCGCUCAGUGUUUUUUUCUCAAAUGAAUAGAGCGACGGAGGAGGAAGUAGAAUUGGCUGACUGAGAGUAUGCUAUGGGUGGCCAUCGUGGACGCCAGGGCCGACGUCUUCAAUGGGAUCAUGGCAGCCCACAUUUUCCCGUCGCUGGCCGAUGUUCUAACGGAAUCUCUCAGUACCGACGACUUCGGACCUUUGGACCUCUCCUUAAACAGCAUGACGGGAACUGCCUCUGACACACGCGGGCUGGAUGAGAGCGACUUCCUAAAUCCAGCAGCCCUUACAGAAGAAUCGAGUAUUUACGAAUUGUCUCAGCCUCAGGAUCUCCUGGUACAUUUUCCCAUGUGGUCAGUGUCACAACCCCUGGUCAACAUUGAUGAUCCCAGCGAACUUGGUCGCGUGCAGUACGAAGUUGAGGUUCCAGCAGACGGAUCUUUGACGUCAUAUCCGCACAGCCCUGGAUCAACAGGAGAUAACUCAGAUUACAGUUCUGAUUCUUCAGGCGAGGUAAAUAACACUCGAGGUUCCGGAAUGAUCGCCUUACAAAGAGUGAACCUCCCCAACAGGGACCCGGCUCUAUCAGAGGUAGAAAUAAAAAAGGAACCAAACCUGGGUCUUCCUGAUCCGUCAAUAUUACCGUCCAAAUACUAUGACGAUGAGGACGAGGUCAUGAGUGAGACGGACAGUGACGGACAUUCCAGUAGUUCCGAAAAAAAGAAACGUCCGGGCAGAAAGAAGGGACAGACGUCCAGUGUUUACCACCUGUGGGAGUUUAUUCGAGACCUUCUACACGAUGAUAAAUACUGUCCACGAAUCAUAAAAUGGGAAUCGGAGGCGGAGGGGAUAUUCCGGGUAGUGAAGUCAGAUGAGGUAGCCAAGCAAUGGGGCAGCAAGAAAAAUAACAGGUCUAAGAUGACGUACGAGAAACUAAGUCGUUCUUUGAGAUAUUCCAGGAAAGAAGGAUAUUUUGCAGAUAUUCCCAAAGACCGAGGACUUCCGAAGAAACUUUGUUUUAAAUUUGGACCUAAGGCACACGGGUGGCGAAAAAUGUAAAAAUGACCAGUUAUAAACCUAUUCAUGGAAUGGAUAUUACAUUGACCAAUCAAAAGGAUCGUAACACAGUGUGCGACAACCGGCAGCAAACUGACCCGUGAUGAAAUGUGAACCUUAUAGUGCGUGCGGUGUAUGAACCAAUGUAAUCUCAUUUUCACAGCUGACCAUUUUGUAAAAUACAAAUAUGUACAAAUCUGUUUUAUCACCGGUGUCAGACAUGCAUUCCAUUGUGCUAGAAAUCCGAGAGAGAGAGAAAGAGAGAGGGAGGGAGAGAGAGAGAGAUAUUUUACUAUAUAUGUAUAUAGGUCGUCUGCAGUUCUAGACGCUAAGCUUUGAACUUUAAAUUCUAAACACUUUCUGUAACAGAAAUUUAAUUAAUUUAAAAUAAUAGAGGUAGAAAAUGUUCUAGAGACUAGAGAAAAGUAGAGAUUUAGAAAUAACCUCAUUUAGCUCUGCGGUCUGCAGAGUGUGUUCUAGUUUUAUGAAUGAUAUUUUAUUUUAAUAAACUUUAUGCACUUAUGUAUAAUAUAUAACAAGUCCAACAAUGUGUACAAAUGCAUAAUUAUGAAUUCUUUAAAGUUUGAAAUUAUAUGUACAUCCCAUGAUACGUUUGCCUAUGUACAAAUUGUGGGUAAUAAUUUUAUAGAUCAUAUCAAUUGUAUGCUAAUUUCAUUGUUUUGUUAUUUCAAUCUGUCCUAUGUACAGAAAAGAUUCAAAUUAAGUGUUUUAAUUUCUAGAGGAUUUUCAAAACCGUAAAACUUAAAUAAAAUAAAA